CGCAGAAGGUUGCUUUCCUCUCUUCCAAUAUGUAUCGUUUGAAAUAUGUGAUCGUCGUGACGUUUUGGUGGAUCUUCGCGACUGGAAACAUCGUCCGGAAUGAAGAUAUUUGUGGAUCCCACAAUGGCAGACGUCUAUACUUGGAGUUGGGUGAGAAAGGCAUCCUUUAUGCGAAAAACAUCAGCUUUAUCAGGAACUUGCCGAGGCAGCUGGUGCCGCAUCUUUAUUCCAGCACCAUCAACAACAGUUCCCAUCAUCAAUGCAGUCUUGAACUGGUGACCUGUCCAUCUUGUGUAAUUGUUGUUACUUUUAAAAACAUCGCCUUGUCGCAUCAUUGCGGCGACGGAGGCAUCGUGAUGGACAAUCCCUGCAGGUGCGACUACGUGUGGCUCUCAGAACCACCUUAUGAGGAUGUUUCCGGUUCGCCGUUUUGUGGAUCAUAUACACCGAUCACAUAUAGAUCGAGCACGAGAACCCUGUCUAUAAAUCUAUUUUAUAGCCAGUCGCAUAAGCACGCAUUCACUAUUGAAUACACGGCAGAAAGAAACAGGCUGCAUUUGAAAGGCACGGAAAUGACAUCGGGAGUGCCGACAAAGGAUUUGAAUGGUACCACCGGUAGUGGCAUUUUGACCUCGCCGUUUUUCCCAGCUCGAUAUCCCCGUGAUUUGGGUCUGGAAUACGUGAUAACGUGUCCCACCGAAGCUCCCUCCUGUCGCAUCAGAUUGCUAUUUAGCGAUUUCCAAUUAGCGACGGUUUCUAUCAUGGAGUUUUACGAUUGGAAUGGACAACGCUUGGAUGUGAGUAGUGGUGCGCGAUUUCGGCCUCCGAUUAUAGUGAGUUCCGGCCCAUCGUUACUCGUAAGAUUUUAUGCGAAUGGUGGCACUGGUCUAGGUUACAAGGCUUUUUAUUCCUUCGUAAUCGGUCACACAUACGACAAAUCCAUACAACCGAUCACCAACUGCGGUGGAUACGUGGAGAAUCUGGGCGGUGCUAUUACAAUGAUGAACAUGGUCGGUCAAGGAGUAAAAAUUUAUGAUUGCGUCUGGCUAAUCAGGCCACCCAAGAACUUUCUGCACAUGAAGACGCACAUGUAUUUGAAAGUAGUGGCUUUCGCCGACAUGGCCGGCAAUACGGAAUUAAUAAUCAAAGAGGGUCCAACCUCGGCCUUGAUGUCAUUGGAAGUAAUCCGACAUCCAUCGAAUCAGUUACAGUCGCUCAGACAUCAAGAACAUAUAGCGCCGGUCACCAGCGGAUUCCACGUGAGUCUUCGUGGUACAUUCGGUCCAAAUUCACAUUUGGCGAUUGCUUAUGCGGCCUUUAGCUACACGGAUUGCUUUGCGGACACCGAUUUUCUGUGCCAGAAUCACAGAUGCAUCCCGAAUCAGUUGAAUUGCGACAGUUUUGAUCACUGUGGUGAUAAUAGUGAUGAGCCAGCGACGUGUUUCCAAAAUUGGAAGAUGGAGCCGCGCGAGCGGAAAUGGCACAUGAACAAAGCAAAUUAUUAUUUUCCGAAGAUCGAACAAUAUCCUGAUUUGAAAACGGCCACCCUGGUAUUUGUUGCCAGCAGUCUCGGUCUGAUUGUUUUGAUAACGACCCUCAUUAUACUGCUGUACAGAAUAGGAGGGGCGAGACAAAGAGAACUGCAAUCUCGUCUAGAAACAAUUAGCGAACUUUUAGUUUUUGAUAUUACAGAUGGUGCACAAAUCGAUGAAAUAUCUAUCCCGGAUGAUCCACCAGGCUACGAAGCUCCGCCAGGAUAUGAAGAAAUCACCGUAUCGAAAAAGUCUCGAUGUUUGAAUUGCGAAUCAUAUAACAGAAGCUCUUCAAAUCAGUUCGAUGAGGACGCGAAUUCAUCUACUUACUUGGUAAUGGAAAGCGCAAACAACAGUUGUAGCAGUCAAACAAUUCCAGUGGCAUCGGGAAACGAUCGACAUACACUACCUGAGAGUCCACCACCGCCAUAUAUUACACCCCCGGGGACCAUACUGCGAAACAUGAAUUUAUUUGGUUUAUCGGCAUCGAUGAAACAGAUGUGUCCUGUUCGUCGUAAUUGGCUCCGACGUAGCGCGCAAUAUCCUCAAUCCUCUUUCAGGGAUCGCCCAUCCUCGUCUAUGGACGCUGAAGUUCUCGAUACAUAUUUGACGGAUUGUACCGUUCCGAAUACGAAUUGGCGACUCGAAAGUCCCCCAAAAGAUAUUCAGAUUGUUUCAGACACAGUUCAAGAAAAUACUGUAGAAGUAUUAAAAGCAAAUUGUCAACACGUUACAGAUGAGACUAUCGAUAGAGCUGUUGACAGAUCGGACGAGAGGAACACGAGCUGCUCUUGCGAGGGCGCAUGCGGUUGCGUCAUCAGCUCUUCUAGUGUUCAAGAUCAUUCUGCCAGCAAUUUAUCAACUUCUGCAACACCGAUAAGCGAUGAGUGCGAACUGGAACGCGAUAAAAUGGUGAUCGCAUCCUCUUCUGUGGGAAAAAUUGAUGAGCAUCAAGAAGAGGAUUUUUCUGUCUCGAAAAGUACCAUCGUUCGACUUUUAGGUUCUAGGCUAGUGAAACCAUCUUGCCAUAGCGCCAAUUCCACGGCAGCAUCGUCGCCCUCGGGCACUUUGCAUCAUUCUUGCAGAAUGUUCUCUCGCGACAAUUGCAUCACUAAAAUCUCGACCAUGAGUACGUGCAGCAGCUAUGAUAAAUUGCAAGAUGAUUUCGAGAUUGUGUCAGAGACGGCAAGCACCACAAAUUCCAACACGCCGAACGAUACACCGAAGAGCGUUGUCAAUCAGCAUGGACGACGCAACAGUCGACCUAAACACAUCAGCUGCGACCUAGAUAGUCUUUAUGAGGGCAUCAAGAUCCUCGAUUCGUAUCUGGCACGCAGAAACAUAAAUAUUGGCCAUAGUCAUAGACAGUCAGUCGCCGUGAUGCUGUUUGGCACUCCGGAGCACGGUUCCGCGCAUAAUCCAGUCGCAUUAUCACGCCAAACCACAAGAGAGAAGUAUGUGCGCGCACGCAUCUGGCGAUCUAGUGAGGAUGCUGCAUCGAACUAAUUUGCCCUUGAUCGAAGAAGGAAUCAAUUGAGAGCAAGAAUGACGGGAACAAUCAUUAUAUUAAUCUUUCGGUGAUAAAGAGUAUAAUAAUUUAAAAAAGAUAGAAUAGUCCUACAAGUUAAAGAUAUUUAUAGAAUUUCGAAUUAGAAAUCAAAGGAAGAAAGGAGAUAGAAAGAAAGAAAGAGACAAAGAGAAGAUAAGAAACAUUUAUUAUUAAUUGUAUGAUUUAUUACAAACAACUUUUCCA